UUUUGGGACAACUUCGGCAACUUUCGGCUCGACCAUGUGGCCAGAAUACUAAAAAAUCUGAUUUGUUUACAAUUUUUAUAGAACCAUUCUAGCUGAAUAAAAGCAUAAAUUUAAUAAAGAAAGCAUGGCAAGACGUCCAGAACAUUUAGCCCCACCGGAAAUUUUCUACAACGAGGAUGAAGCCAGGAAGUACACAAACAAUACUCGUAUCAUCGACAUCCAGGUGCAGAUGUGCGAGAGAGCUGUGGAGUUACUAGCUCUCCCGGAAGAUGAGUCACACUUGAUUCUAGACAUUGGAUGCGGAUCUGGGCUAUCUGGAAGUGUUCUUGAGGAUCAGGGUCACAUCUGGAUUGGACUAGAUAUAGCCCAAGCCAUGCUGGAUGUUGCCUUGGAACGGGAAGUAGAGGGAGAUCUAAUACUGGGAGACAUGGGGCAGGGUGUUCCCUUCAAAGCAGGAAGUUUUGAUGCUGCAAUCUCCAUAUCUGCCCUUCAGUGGCUCUGCAAUGCCGACAAAAAGAGUCACAAUCCUCAAAAGAGGCUCUACACCUUCUUCAGUACACUUUUCUCCUGCCUGACCCGAAGUGCACGUGCUGUUUUCCAAUUCUAUCCCGAAAAUGCCAGUCAAAUUGAACUGGUGACAUCGCAGGCCAUGAAAGCAGGCUUUCUGGGAGGCCUUGUAGUAGACUAUCCGAAUUCAGCUAAAGCCAAGAAGUACUUCUUGGUGCUAAUGACUGGUGGAAUGGCGCAAUUGCCUCAGGCUUUAGGUACUGAGGGAGAUGGGGACCAAGUGGAUUACGCAAAGAAGAGAGAAAUGGCCAAGAGAGCCCGGGGGAAGCCACUGAAGAAGUCCAGGGAUUGGAUAUUGGCCAAAAAAGAACGCAGAAGGCGUCAAGGCAAGGAAACCCGUGCAGAUACAAAAUAUACAGGAAGGAGGCGUCCUGAUAGAUUCUGAAAAAUUAUUUCGCUCAACAAAAUAUUGGGAAAUAAGAAUAAAAGCAUAUUUUUCCAAA